CUGACCCGGGACCUUAAAGCUCGGACUCGAGGAAAAGGAAAAGGGGGGUCAACUGGGUGGGGAGGGGGGAAGGAAGUAGAAAGGAAGAAAACACGAACGUAAAAGGAGGAAACAAGAAAACUUUCCACCCUGGAUUCUCUACUUUUGAUCCAUGGACAGAGCCCAACUCAGCCAACUUACAGACAGACUAUAAGCAGUCCUUGUUCAUUUUACUGUGAUCUGCCUGUGGGAACUUUGUCUCCAAGUCAAAGUAGCAUGGAGCGGAGAAGUGAGAGUCCCUGUCUAAGGGAUAGUCCAGACAGAGGGAGCGGCAGCCCUGAUGUCAAAGGUCCUCCCCCAGUGAAGGUGGCCAGGCUUGAGCAGAAUGGCAGUCCUAUGGGAACCCGAGGGAGGCCCAAUGGCUCUGUGACCAAAUCAGUGGGAGGUUUGAUGAUUCCUGUCUUUUGUGUGGUGGAGCAGUUGGACACCUCCCUCGAAUACGAUAAUCGAGAGGAGCAUGCAGAGUUCGUUCUGGUUCGCAAAGAUGUCCUCUUUAGCCAGCUGGUGGAGACGGCGCUCCUGGCUCUGGGGUAUUCCCACAGUUCUGCAGCUCAGGCACAAGGAAUAAUCAAACUUGGGAGGUGGAACCCUCUGCCCCUCAGUUAUGUGACCGAUGCACCAGAUGCGACAGUAGCCGACAUGCUACAAGAUGUCUAUCAUGUUGUGACAUUGAAAAUCCAAUUACAAAGUUGUUCAAAGUUGGAAGACUUGCCAGCAGAGCAGUGGAACCAUGCCACAGUCCGCAAUGCCUUAAAGGAACUGCUUAAAGAGAUGAAUCAGAGCACAUUAGCCAAAGAAUGCCCUCUCUCCCAGAGUAUGAUUUCAUCCAUUGUAAAUAGCACAUAUUAUGCCAAUGUAUCAGCAACCAAGUGCCAGGAGUUUGGGAGAUGGUAUAAAAAGUACAAGAAGAUUAAAGUGGAAAGAGUGGAAAGAGAAAACCUAUCAGACUAUUGUGUUCUGGGUCAGCGUCCCAUGCACUUACCAAAUAUCAACCAACUGGCAACCUUGGGAAAAACUAAUGAACAAUCUCCUCACGGCCAAAUUCACCACAGUACUCCAAUCCGAAAUCAAGUGCCAACAUUGCAGCCAAUCAUGAGCCCUGGUCUCCUGUCUCCUCAGCUCAGUCCACAACUGGUAAGGCAGCAGAUAGCAAUGGCCCACCUGAUAAACCAACAGAUUGCUGUAAGCCGGCUAUUGGCUCACCAACACCCACAAGCUAUCAACCAACAGUUCUUGAAUCAUCCACCCAUCCCUAGAGCUGUCAAACCAGAGCCAACGAAUUCAUCAGUGGAAGUCUCUCCAGAUAUUUACCAGCAAGUCAGGGAUGAACUGAAGAGAGCCAGUGUGUCCCAAGCUGUCUUUGCAAGAGUGGCAUUCAACCGCACCCAGGGAUUGCUGUCCGAGAUCCUGCGUAAAGAAGAAGACCCUAGGACAGCUUCCCAAUCCCUCCUGGUAAACUUGAGGGCAAUGCAGAAUUUCCUCAACCUGCCUGACACAGAGCGGGAUCGUAUAUAUCAGGACGAGAGAGAGAGAAGUAUGAACCCCAAUGUGAGCAUGGUGUCUUCGGCAGCCAGCAGUCCGAGUUCUUCCAGAACCCCCCAGGCCAAAACCUCAACACCGACAACAGACCUCCCCAUUAAGGUGGACGGCGCCAACGUCAACAUCACAGCUGCCAUUUAUGACGAGAUCCAACAGGAGAUGAAAAGGGCCAAGGUGUCUCAGGCCCUGUUUGCCAAAGUGGCUGCCAAUAAAAGUCAGGGAUGGCUGUGUGAGCUGCUCCGCUGGAAAGAGAACCCAAGCCCAGAAAACCGCACCCUCUGGGAAAACCUCUGCACCAUCCGCCGCUUCCUGAACCUUCCCCAGCAUGAGAGGGAUGUGAUCUACGAGGAAGAGUCCAGGCAUCACCACAGCGAGCGCAUGCAGCACGUUGUCCAGCUCACUCCUGAGCCUGUGCAGGUCCUGCAUAGACAGCAGUCCCAGCCUGCAAAGGAAAACACACCUCCAAGAGAAGAGGCCCCACCUCCACCUGCUGAGGACAGUUGUGCCAAAAAGCCAAGAUCCCGUACCAAGAUCUCCUUGGAAGCUUUAGGCAUCCUUCAAAGUUUUAUCCAUGAUGUAGGCCUGUAUCCUGACCAGGAAGCCAUUCACACUCUGUCCGCUCAGCUGGAUCUGCCCAAACACACGAUCAUCAAAUUCUUCCAGAACCAGCGUUACCACGUAAAGCACCACGGGAAGCUAAAAGAGCAUUUGGGAACAGUGGUUGAUGUGGCAGAGUACAAAGAUGAGGAGCUGCUGACUGAAUCGGAGGAGAAUGACAGUGAAGAAGGCUCUGAGGAAAUGUACAAAGUGGAACCGGAAGAGGAGAAUCCUGACAAAAGCAAGGCAACUCCUUCAGAAAUUGACCAGAGAUAAUGUGAGCCCAUGAUACAGAAAGCAAUACAUUGAUUCAAGGAUUUUCUGUUUAUUUUUAUUAAUUUGUUUUUUUCCCCUCUUUUUGCAUUUGUUGUUGUUGUUUCUGUUGCACACGAUCGGUGUGAAAACUGAAUGAAUUCAGCAUCGUCCAAUUAAAACAUCGCCUUGACACAGACACUUGAGUGUUACACUUUUACGUUUGACUGAGAUAAUAGUUGUAAUCACAUAGGAUUAUGCCUGUUUUAAUCUUGCACUUAUGAAAGGGACAUCUAGCAAGUUAACAGGAAGAAAAAGACCUAUGAAAUCAAUGAAGGAAAAUUUACAGCUGUG